CAGCGGAAGGACUCUAAAGAGUUGACAAGGGUCACCAGAAGAUCUGACGAAAUCCACUUGCCCAGACAAUCCCCAUCCAUCACCGGAGGAACACAUUGAAGAUAUUGUGGUGCUCUUCGGUGGACCGACACCCAUGACAAAGAAGACCUAUCAAGUCUAGCCUUCAAAGGAUUUAAUAACUAAACCAUUUAACCUCGUCCCCUAAAAUGAAGGCAUUCAGCAUUGCAGUUGCAGUGACACUCGUGCUCGCCUUUAUUUGCAUUCUGGAGAGCUCUGCCGUCCCAUUCACCGGGGUGCAAGAGCUGGAGGAGGCAGGGAGCAAUGACACUCCAGUUGCGGUAUAUCAAGAAAUGUCAAUGGAAUCGAGGAUGAUGCCAAAUCACAUCAGGCAGAAGCGGCAGAGCCACCUCUCCUUGUGCUUCUGGUGCUGCAACUGCUGCAAGGGCAACAAGGGCUGCGGCUUCUGCUGCAAGUUCUGAAGAUUCCUGCAACGACCGCACAAUUAUUACAUGUUACGCUUUUUUGUUUGUUGUCUUACCCCCCAAGAAAUAACCUGUUCUGGACCUCUGUGUCCUGCAUUGCCCGUGCUACACUGUUUUGUAUCAUUUUUAAGGAAGUAUGAUUAAUGGGAAAGCACUGGACAGAAAUGAAGAGCUAGGCUAUUGCUUGUAUUUAUUUUGUAUGUUGUAAUACUUCCAUCCUGUAAAUCUUUUUGUAAGCUCAAUGAUAUGUAAAUUGUAUUUCUAAGAAUAAUCCAGGCUGUGACUGUUCCUUCAUCUAAAUUAAGUCUAACAAGUUAAUAUUUGGUCUUGAAUAAAUAAUGAACAUUUGAAGCAA